AUUCAUGUGACUCAUUCCGGGCGGGUCUUCCCUUGGCUCCAGCUGAUGGCUGCUCUGGCUGGGGUUCUGAUAACAGCCACAGGGUUUCCUCUCUGGCAUCCCCUGCCCUGGGGAAGAGCUGCUGGGCCCCCUCCAGAAGGACUUUGUGUUUGCCCUUCUCCCCUGGCCCUUUUUUCCCAGGGCAGCAGCAGGCAGGGCUGGAGCCCAGACAGCAGUUUGGCUCUCUCUUAUCCCAGGUGUUGGAGCUGGGCUGCUCCCUCCCCAAACUACGGCAUGGAGAGCGUUGGGAAUAGAAUUACAAACGAGUGGCUCGGCUGUCGUGGCUCAGGAGUAAAAGUUCCUCGUAAUUUUCGUCUUUUGGAAGAACUUGAAGAAGGUCAGAAGGGAGUAGGGGAUGGAACAGUUAGCUGGGGCCUUGAAGAUGAUGAAGAUAUGACACUUACGAGAUGGACAGGAAUGAUUAUUGGGCCUCCAAGAACAAUUUAUGAAAACAGAAUAUACAGCCUUAAAAUAGAAUGUGGGCCUAAGUAUCCAGAAGCACCUCCAUUUGUAAGAUUUGUAACAAAAAUUAAUAUGAAUGGAGUAAAUAGUUCUAAUGGAGUGGUGGACCCCAGAGCCAUAUCAGUCCUAGCAAAAUGGCAGAAUUCUUAUAGUAUCAAAGUUGUUCUGCAAGAGCUUCGGCGUCUAAUGAUGUCUAAAGAAAAUAUGAAACUUCCUCAGCCACCUGAAGGACAAUGUUACAGCAAUUAAUUAAAAAAAAGAACCAACAUGCCCCCCUUA